AUGAGCGGCCCGUACAACUAUGGCUUCAGGCCUCCUCAUGGACAAUCGCCUCUAAGCCCCGAGACGCCGACGAGUGCAUACAAGACCAAUUUGGGCAGGAAGAAAACUAAGAAAUGGGUUGAGGCCAAGGCACAGAACUACGACGGCGAUGACUGGGGUAACGACUUUGACGACGAGGAGCCCGAGGAACCGAUUCCUGUCCCACCUCUCAAGCCUGCCUCUCGUCAACCGAGUCCUAGCCAGGCAACAACUGCGAAUCUACCGUCGAACCUACCGUCACACCAGCCACCGGCGCCUCAAUCCGCGGGACUGCCAACGAUGCGACCGCCGCAGCCGGCCUUGAACGAGUCGGGAUUAUCCACCAGCCCUCGGGCCACGGCAGGCCUACCGCCUUUGCAAAUCCAGACUCCGUCAUCACCCGCGCCUGCGCCUGCGCCUGCGCCUGCGCGCUCCGAACCGCAAAAUGUUCAACCUCCGAUUGUUUCGGGGCCGUCCUCCAUGGACAGUGUUUCUGACAAGGGCCCUUAUGAGCAGUUCGUGUCGCCGCAAUCUGCUCAUACUGGCCCAACACCGGAGCCCUCUCUCGUUCGGAACGAACAACCGCAAAGUGUGAUACCUCAGAAUGGCGGCCGACGAACUUCACCAGCGCCGGCGCAACCGCAAUCCACCCGAUUCCCACCUCGCAAGAGCAGUAUGGGCCAACAUGACAGUGAUCGCCUUCCUAGUUCUCGGUCAAGCUCCACUCAUCCUCCACAGGUCGAGCAGCGCUCGGGAUCUCCUUCCGGUAUCAUAUCGCCUGGCGCGUCCUCGACUUCGAAGCCGUCUUUUGUUCGACCCUCGGAUAUCUAUCGCCGCGUCGACAAUGAGAAGGAUAAGGAACGAGGUUCCAUGGACUCGGGACGACCCAGUCUGGAUAGCAGCGGCGGCUUCAAGACCGACCGCUCGCUUUCUCCCGCCAAGCCAUCCCCUGCUGACACUAGGAGUGACGAACAAGUGAGUGGCAGCAGCUUGGGAAAGCCUGAAGGAGAAGAUGCAAUCCAAGGCAAUCUGCGACCGACCCUAGCGCCUGUUGCAGAGAGAAAGAGCGAAUACGGCUUCGACAACGUGCUUAUGCGACCCCAAACCCAUGCCCAAAAUCAGACAAUGCCCCCAAGUUCUGAAAGUCCCAACCUGGGCAUUCCAGCGCCCGCGCCUGAACCUCAGAUUGAACGUCCUAGUGAGGAAGAGGUUGCUCAACAACGCCGCUACUCGUCCAGUCCACGUUUGCCAGACCUGGCUCGCAUGUCUCUGUUCGGGGACGAUUUCUUUUCUAACCCCGGUAAAUUUGCCGACGAUGCACCCCCAAUGCCUGCGUUGACGCCACAACUUCAAGCAGCAGCGGCGGCGUCAGCACCACAACAUGUUGGAAAUCCGCCGGCUGCUCCUGUUGCAUUAUCGACCGGGAGCUCAACACCCCAACGAGCCGACUCCCCUCGAGUGUCUGAGCAAAUUCGAAAGGAUUUAACUCCGCCGGCAGAGGUUCCUCGAAAUCAAGAAAACGUAGAUUCCGCCAAAUCGGAUCUGGCAUCUCUGCCAUCGCGGCCCUCUCUUCCUGGCGGCUGGGUCACUGAAACUAGAUCAGUCACCGAAGAGCAGACGCCGCCUGCUGUUGCAGAGAAGAAGACCCUGGGCGUUGAUCCUGGCGAAGUUUCCCCGAUCUCCGACAACGAGCACGACGAAGUCCCAGGCAGCGGUGUCACAAUUGUGAAGGGUGUGGCGUCGAUGCCGAUACCCAUCUCUAAUGCAUCGGGGCAACCAAUGCCUGCCUCAAGCCAAGCCAGUGAGGAAAGCCACUCGGCCGACGCUCCCGUUCAUCCCUUGGCUCCGUUGAAUGCCGGGCACUCGGAUUCUUCUUCAUCGCGCUUCGUAGCACCUGAGAGAUUGCAGCGCGAAUCUACUAUGAGCACAGUCACUUCACCGUCCCCUGUCAAAGAGAGCGACAAGCUCCGGGAGGAAAUUAUGCGGAGCCUCAGUCCAGUCCGGCCUACAAGUGACUUCGAUAGCUUUAACGGCAAUCGAGCGGGACAGUCAGAGGAGGAUACCGGCCCUCGCGAGAGCACAUACCUGCACGGUGUCUAUGAUGAUUAUUGGACUGCAGGCGAUGAUAAGCCUGAUGUACCCGAGCUCCCGGCGAAGCAGCCAGAGCUGGAUGUUCAUUCUGUUGCAAAACAGAAUGUCUCCGAUGUGCCUCCUCUGAGCCCUCGCAAGGAGAAUGCAGGAACGCCUCCGACACUUGGUCGACGAUUUUCCUGGGAAGCGGAAUCGGAACAAGUCACGCCGGGCCCGGGUGAUUUCCAAGAGAAACCCGUGUCAGACUCCCAGCCACAAGCUGCCCCUGUGGCUCCUGUCAGCUCAAGCUCACCUGCCCUUGGACACGAACAGUCUCCAGCGUUGUCGUCUGAAGAGACAAGGGACGCUGAGCAAACCCAGCCAUCCACCAGCACUAUGGACGAGACGCAUAUUGCAGUGCCAACAACUUCAGGCACGAUGUCACACCAAGUGUCGCAGGCCAGCUCGGUGCCGAGAGAUCGGCUGGACUCAGAGAAUAUUGAGCCUCCGUCGCCCGUGUCAGCCGUGACUGAUAAGAACCACGCCUCGGCCGCCCCUCCCCGACGCCUGUCCCUCGCGGAAGAAAAGUCAAUGGUUCGGGUUUCGUCCAAUCCCGUGUCCCCCAGCCCACCGCCGGGCGAACACCCGGCGCUGGCUCGAUCUUCGGAAGCGACAUCGCCUCCGCCGCCUGCGCCUGCCGAGCCGUCCCAAGACCAGCCAGCCGCACCUCUUAAGAUCAUUAACUUCAAGGAGAUCAUGGAGAUUCAAAACGCAUCGGAGAGAAUCAACAAGUACAACGAGACUAGAGCGCAAUUUGCAUCAAUGGAUUCGGGACUAAACAAUUGGCUCGUCAACCUCAAGUCUCAGCAUCCCGAGCACGCCAAUGCAACGGCGUCAUUCGCGGCCAACGCUUCAAACGUUAGCCAACCAUCAGCAUCACCAACAGCGUCCCAGCCAAAUUCUCAACAGCCCUACUAUCAGCAGUAUCUCAACGCUAGCUCGACCAACGCCUCGGCUUGGGCCCCACCCCGGCCUCAGACCCCUAAGCAUCCCGCCGGUGUUCGCCGGGAUACCGAGUCCGAGCCCGUCUCGCCCGUCUCGGAUACCCAGUCCAUGUCGGCCCCUAACCAUCACGACAACGCCGACGAUGCAGAUGCCUUCGUUAACGGCACCGGCGAUCUUCAGGUUCCAAGACCUAUUGGCAAGACCCAACCGUCGUGGGAUCCCUUUACAGGCACACCCUUGGUUGAAGAAGAAGGGUUUGAGAUGGGGCAAUCCAGGGAUCCGAGUCCCCAUGUUCAGCAUGCGCCUCAUGCUGCCCCCGCUGCGCAAUUCCACUACGCUUCGACAACGAAGAACGCCAGAAGUGACGAUGACUGGGUCGUCGUAUCGCCGCAGUCAGCUCCAUCUGAACAAGUUUAUGUUUUGUCCCCCGAGUCGCCACAAUUGGUGCGUUCAUUCCAACCCACGGAGUCUAGUAGAGAGAUCUUUGACAACGAAGAUGAAUCGGAUAUUGCUGCUGGCGAUACUGCAUCUUCAGAUGCGCAACAGGUGUCACAGCAGGAUCAAGAUCAUACGCAUCGCAACACUCAACAUCAAGUACUCCAGCAGGAGCAGGAUCAAAAGACUCAGCAACAGAACCAACUCCAGACUCGUCAGCAGCUUCCAUCGCAACAACAGUCGGUAUCACCUCAGCGCCAAUCUUCCUUCGUCGGCCUUCCACCCAUCAGGCGGAGUUCUACAUUCGGUAUCAAUCUCACCAAAAGAGCAAAGAAACGUUUCUCUCUUGAAGAGGACGACGAUGUCGACGGUCAGGUUAUCGUGUCUUCUCCGGUUUCCACGGUGACCACAAGCCAGGACCCGAUCGAUGCCAACACCCCAUCACUUCAUCAACAUGUAGGUCGGGAUGCGUCUACUCGGUUCGCACAACCUGCCCGAAUCGAGACCGGGCUUUCAGCAUCGCGCAAAGAUAGUGCUAUGUCCCACCAAGUCAUCUCAGCCACAUCUACCCAGGCGGCAACACUCGCUACAGAGAGCACUGGUGUUGCAUGGGGCGAUGAUGAGAAGAGGGCUUUAGAUCCCCGGCACUCCUUCAGACCUGGCGGUUCUACUCCUCACCCUAUCGAUACAAAGCUUGCAAUGCAACAAGCAGGACGAACUGGCGGUGGCCAACUUGGCAUGCGCUCACAACAGGGCGUGGUCCCUGGAAAUUAG